AUGUCGAAAAUUACGGUCGCCAACGUCCGCACUCAGGUUGCUGAGUUGCUCGAGUACUCCCUCGAGACCAAGAAGCGCAACUUCCUUGAGUCUGUCGAGCUCCAGAUCGGCCUCAAGAACUAUGACCCCCAGCGUGACAAGCGUUUCUCCGGCACCGUCCGCCUGCCCAUCGUUCCCCGCCCGAACAUGAGCAUCUGCAUUCUCGGUGACCAGCACGAUAUCGACCGUGCCAAGCACGGCGGUGUUGACGCCAUGUCCGCCGACGACUUGAAGAAGCUCAACAAGAACAAGAAGCUCAUCAAGAAGCUCGCUCGCAAGUACGACGCCUUCGUCGCCUCCGAGACCCUCAUCAAGCAGAUUCCCCGUCUCUUGGGUCCCGGUCUGUCCAAGGCCGGCAAGUUCCCCACCCCCGUCUCCCACGCCGACGACCUCUCUGGCAAGAUCAACGAGGUCAAGUCCACCAUCAAGUUCCAGCUGAAGAAGGUUCUCUGCAUGGGUGUCGCCGUCGGCAACGUCGGCAUGACCCAGGAGCAGCUGAUCGCCAACAUCAUGCUGGCCAUCAACUACCUCGUCUCCCUGCUGAAGAAGGGCUGGCAGAACGUUGGUAGCCUUACCAUCAAGGCUACCAUGUCCCCCCCCAAGCGCCUCUACUAA